AUGGCUGGUUGUCUUCUAGAGGGCUCACGACCCCCACCCGAUGUGCCACCGCGCAAUCCCACCAUGUCUCGUCUGAACGGCCGUAUCACCGGCAAUCCAGCGGAUCUGGCUGACUUCGAACCUUCCUGUCUCGUUCGCACGCCUUCCGGAAAUUUCUACGUGCCUUCGGGAGAUAUUCAAAAGAAUCCGUCUAUGGACUACAAAUCGAACUCAUCGUGCAGUAGUCCAGGUAAACAAGAGAAAAGUACUUUGGAAAGAAUGGACAGGAGUGAUCGACAUCCCGCGUUCGGGGCUCCUGUGCCGGUGCUUCCAGUGAGAAAUAACUUAAGAGCCUCACACUUUACACCUGCCGCAUCCCGAUUUCAUUUCAGAAAAGGUUUCUCAUCGAGAUGCACGUGGAAAUGCACCGCUAUAGUAUUUAUUGUACUGUUUGUUUUACUCUUAGCCAUUGCGUCUUAUAUGUCAGCUUCCUAUUUCGUCAACUGGUCUUACCAGAACUCCAAAGCAUGUACAGUUAUAGUUGGUGAGUCAACAGAGAUUUUUCCAGCAUCGAAAGCAACGACUCUGGAAUCAAAUAAUAAAUCUUUGGUUAGACCGCACCAAAGCUCAACAUCCACUAGCUCAGGUAAAGAGGAUCUUCACGUUCGCGCGCGUAGAAGUAUAGAUGGGCAUGCUUCUUCUUUAUCUUCCGUUCUUUCCACGAAUUCUUCCACUUCUGUAGAUUUGCAUGAGCUAAUCACUACGCCUUCUUUGAACACUGUUAGCUUAGAGCAUGGUGUGUCGUCAGUUUUAAACAAUGUAACUGACAUUUCAAAUGAAGACCAUACGGACGGGGGCGAAGCUUUGGUGAUCAGCAGUGUUGGUUUAUCUCUUAACAACGGUGAUCUAACAAAUAAUAACACCACGCUUAAUAUUCCGCAUAAUAAUGAAAGUACAGCAAAAACAACGUCUAAAUUUGAACAAACAAGAAGCGGAGAUAAUAAAACCAAAACCAUACUAAACAAAAAUAAUCGGACUCCUAUUGAACAACCCUUAGAAAUUAAAAAAACUGUAAAAACCAAAUCUGACAUUGCGUACGAUCCUGAAUUAAUGCAAAGUGAUUCAUUUCCAUCUUUAUAUUCAUAUGGCGUUCAAAAGCUUCAUUACUUAAAACUACUAACAAGACUGAACGAAGUAAAUGAGGAAUUACAUAUAUUUUCAAAUGACACUGUCGAAAUGGAUAAUAAACCAGAAAAAUUCCAUUACGACAGUGACCGCAAUCCUUCUUUAAACAUUCUUACUACCAUUGCUCCGAAAAUAAUUACACCAGAGCAAACAAUAAGUACAAAUACACCCGUAACCAUGAAACCUUUACUUGAUGAUACUGAUGUCCCUUUGACAACAAAUGUUUUCACUGCACAUACUGAGCAUGUUGUGUCAUCACCAAAUGAUGCUGUUGCUAAUAAUGUUUUGAAUGGAACUGCAACCACUGAACCCACAAUCUUACCUAAUGAAUCUUCCACGCCUGAUAUUGUUGUUAAUUCAAGGACACCAGAUGUUAUGUCUAACAAAAAACAUGUUUUGAUUAACCUGACAAUAUCUGCUGAUGAUGCUGAAAAUUCUUCUUAUAAGCCUCUCUAUUCAUUAGCAGUAACUGUUCCUACAAUGGGUGACACAAAUGAGAUUCCAACAGUAAAAAUUACUCCUCUGGACUUGGAACCCACAAAGCCGACGAACUUUAACAAACCUGUGGUUGUUCAAAGCACGACUAAAUCGAAUAAAGAUGUAGACGUAGAAAACAAUUGGGGGGGUAGUUGCGAAUGUUCAUGUCCAGUGUGUGAAAGUAACUCUGCCGAUGAUUUCUAUGAAGAUUCUGAGUCUGAAAGAAGCACUACAAUUUCAUCAGAAAAUACAGAAUCAAGCUCUAUUCCAAGUCCAGCACCCGACAGUAACGAAUAUACAACAGAAAAUCUUGGUGAAACGCAAUCGAAUACAAGCCCGGAAAUAACGACCGAACUAGACAGUUCUUUUGAAUAUUCACUCAGUACCGAAAUUACGAUGGCAACGGAUUUAACUGAGAGUACAAUCGAUUUAACAACUGACCCACCGGACAUAAUUUCUACAACAGAAAUUCCAAAGUGUGUUUGUCCGAAAAUUACACCUCCACCCAUCCUUAUAUUGGAAGGUGCCCGGACUUUUCCAGCCCAGUCCUUCCCACCUGAUGGAACAACUUUCAAACAAAUAACUUUAGGUGAAAAAUUAUCAAAACAAAUCCCUCCAUAUAGUUAUUGGAACAUGCAGUUCUAUCAAUCAGAAGCCUCUUACGUGAAAUUCGAUUACUUGAUACCUCGAGGGGCUUCUAUAGGUGUUUAUGCAAGAAGGAAUGCAUUACCCACCCACACCCAAUAUCAUUUUCUGGAAGUCCUUAGUGGAUUUAAAGCAAGAACAACUAGAUCGUCACAUCCAUCUGUUAAAAAAGAAGUAACACAUUACAUGGAGCAAGGUCAUUGGUUCCUAUCACUUUAUAAUGAUGACGGUGAUCCGCAAGAGAUCUCCUUCAUAGCUGCAGUCGCUGAAGAUAUGACGCAUAACUGCCCUAACGGAUGUUCAGGAAAAGGGGAAUGUCUUAUGGGUCACUGUCAAUGCCAACCAGGUUUUGGGGGUGAUGACUGUAGUGAAAGUGUGUGUCCGGUACUAUGCAGCCAACGAGGUGAAUACAUCAAUGGGGAAUGUCAAUGUAACCCUGGAUGGAAGGGCAAAGAAUGUUCCUUGAGGCACGAUGAAUGUGAAGUGCCAGACUGCAACGGCCAUGGUCACUGUGUAAACGGGAAAUGCUCUUGUGUGCGAGGAUAUAAGGGCAAAUUUUGUGAAGACGUUGAUUGUCCGCAUCCAACUUGUUCCGGACAUGGCUUUUGUAUUGAAGGUGCUUGCGUUUGCAAAAAAGGUUGGAAGGGGUUGGAUUGUGCAACAAUGGAUAAGGACGCUUUGCAAUGUCUGCCCGAUUGCUCAGGUCAUGGAACAUUUGACGUUGAUACUCAAACUUGCACUUGUCAUGCACGAUGGUCGGGAGAUGAUUGUUCGAAAGAGGUUUGUGAUCUCGAUUGUGGACCACACGGACGAUGCGUUGGAGAGUCUUGUGUGUGCGAUCAAGGAUGGACCGGAGAAUACUGCACAUCGAAGCUCUGUGACGCUCGUUGCAGCGAUCAUGGCCAAUGCAAGAACGGAACAUGUCUAUGUGUUUCGGGCUGGAAUGGCCGCCAUUGUACUCUCGAAGGAUGUCCAAGGGGAUGUGCUGGUCAUGGUCAGUGUAGAGUUGCUAAUGAUGGCCAUUGGGAAUGCAAGUGUUUCGAUGGCUGGGAUGGGCCAGAUUGCACCACACUUAAGGAACAAAUAUGCGACGACUCUAAGGAUAAUGACAAAGAUGGUCUAGUGGACUGUGAAGAUCCGGAAUGCUGUCAGAGUCCAGCCUGUAAAGGCAGUCAACUUUGUGUAUCUUCCCCCAAGCCAACGGACAUUCUACUCAGAAAACAACCGCCCGCUAUCACCGCGUCAUUCUUUGAAAGGAUGAAGUUCCUUAUAGACGAAGGUAGUCUCCAAAACUACGCAAAACAGGAGACAUUUAACGAAAGCCGAUCUGCGGUGAUCAGAGGUAGAGUUGUGACUUCGUUGGGAUCAGGCUUGGUUGGAGUCAGAGUUUCCACUUCUACUCCUUUAGAAGGAUUCACACUGACUCGCGAAGAUGGUUGGUUUGACUUGUUGGUGAACGGUGGAGGAGCCGUCACUUUGCACUUCGGAAGAGCGCCUUUCAAGAGGUCCACACAAGUUGUGUUCGUGCCUUGGAACGAGGUUGUGAUUAUCGACGAGGUGGUGAUGACGACAUCGGACGAGAAAAGUGGAACUGGGCCUCCACAGGCGUGUCUCGCCCAUGAUUACGACGCAAUGAAACCUGUGGUACUGGCAACAUGGAAGCAUGGGUUCCAGGGGGCUUGUCCUGAUAAGAGCGCAAUCUUAGCGGAAUCUCAGGUGGUACAAGAAAGUCUACAGAUCCCAGGCACAGGCUUAAACCUAGUCUAUCACAGCUCAAGAGCCGCUGGUUACUUAUCCACAAUUCAACUGCAACUUACACCAGAAAAAGUUCCGCCGACCUUAGCUCUUAUACAUUUGAGAAUCACUAUAGAAGGAAUACUUUUCGAAAAGACAUUCGAAGCUGACCCGGUUAUCAAAUUCACAUACCCUUGGAACAGGCUCAACGUGUACAGGCAACGAGUAUAUGGGGUGACCACGGCACUGGUGAAAGUGGGUUACCAGUACACUGACUGUAAGGAUAUAAUAUGGAACGUGCAAACAACCAAGCUUAGCGGCCAUGAUAUGAGUAUAUCCGACGUGGGCGGAUGGAAUUUGGAUAUUCAUCAUAGAUACAACUUCCAUGAAGGUAUCCUGCAGAAGGGCGACGGCACGAACACGUACCUGAAGCAGAAGCCACGGCUGAUCAUCACGACGCUGGGCGACGGGCGGCAACGCUCGCUGGAGUGCGGCGGGGCGGUCGGGGGUGCGGGGGCAGGCUGCGGUGCGCGGCUCCUGGCGCCGGUAGCGCUGGCAGCGGCGCCGGACGGCGCGCUGUACGUGGGCGACUUCAACCUGGUGCGCAAGCUGGCCACUGACGGCACCCUUCGCACCAUCGUCAAGCUCAACGCUACUCGAGUGUCGUAUCGUUACCACAUGGCACUAUCACCGCUAGAUGGUACGCUCUACAUUUCCGACCCCGAAUCGCACCAGAUUAUCAAAGUACGCGACACCAAUGACUACAGUGACCCGCAGCAUAACUGGGAAACUGUGGUUGGCUCCGGUGAAAGAUGCCUUCCAGGUGAUGAGGCUCACUGUGGUGAUGGCGCAUUAGCAAGAGAUGCUAAACUAGCAUACCCCAAGGGUGUGGCUGUCUCGAUUGACAAUGUCCUGUAUUUUGCUGACGGUACAAAUAUUCGUAUGGUUGACAGAGAUGGCAUUAUAACAACUGUGAUUGGAAAUCACAUGCACAGGGCUCAUUGGAAACCGAUACCAUGCGAAGGCACACUAAGCGUUGAAGAGGUCCACUUACGCUGGCCAACGGAACUAGCUAUAAACCCACUCGAUAACAGCCUCCAUAUUAUCGACGAUCACAUGAUUUUACAAAUGGCACCCGAUGGUCGAGUAAAGGUUAUCGCUGGUAGACCACUACAUUGUCCUUCGCCAUUGACUGGGUACGACAUGGAAUUAGCGACUUACGCUACCCUUGUUAUGCCACAAAGUAUAGCAUUUGGUGCAGCUGGAGAUUUAUACGUAGCAGAAAGUGACUCUCAAAGAAUUAAUCGAGUCCGUCUUAUUACCACCGAUGGAAAAAUAACUUUGUACGCUGGCGCUGAAUCGAAAUGUAACUGCUUAGAACGUGGUUGUGACUGUUUCGAAGCUGAUCAUUUCCUUGCGUCAAAUUCUAAAUUCAACACUAUCUCAGCAGUUGUUGUAAGCCCGGACGGUAUUGUCCAUAUCGCCGAUCAAGCCAACUAUAGAAUUCGUUCAGUUAUGGCAAGCAUUCCAGAUGCAAGUGGAGCUAGGGAAUACGAAAUCUAUUCGCCUGAUACCCAAGAAAUUUAUAUUUUCAAUAGAUUCGGUCAACAUGUCAUGACUAAAAACAUCUUGACGGGUGAGAACAACUACGUAUUUACAUACACGGUCAACACCAGUAACGGAAAACUAAGUACCGUUACAGAUGCAGCCGGUAAUAAAGUAUUCCUCUUACGUGACUAUUCUAGUCUUGUCAACUCGAUAGAAAAUACAAAAGGACAGAAAUGUAGACUCAAAAUGUCCAGAAUGAAAAUGCUACAGGAAUUACGAACUCCGGAUAACUUUAAUGUAACCUUCGACUAUCAUGGUACAACUGGUUUAUUAAAAGCCAAAUACGACAGUACAGGAAGAAGCUACAUUUACAAAUACGACGAAUUCGGAAGACUCACAUCAGCGGUUACUCCAACUGGCAGAAUCAUAAAUUUGACUUUCGAUCUCAGUCUCAAAGGUGCUACUGUAGUAGUCAGUGAAAAUAACCGGAAACCAAUAUCAAUUCUAAUAAAGGGUUCAUCAGUUAAUACAAAAGUUGGUGAGGCAGAAAAGAAAACGAUUAUUACAACAGAUGGAAGUAUUUCGUCAAGCUUACCGUGGGGACAUGUCGUCUCCACUGAUACGGUACCCUAUACUAUUUUGUCAGAGAUAGAUCCCAUUCUAGGUGAGAGCUACCCAGUACCAGCUAAACAAAGAACUGAAGUCGGUGGUGAUUUAGCAAAUCGGUUCGAAUGGCGUUAUUUCUUAAGAAGGCUUCAAUCUAACAAAGGCAAAAGCAAUAAAGCAGUGGCACAGAUUGGCCGAAAGCUACGUGUGAAUGGUGAAAACCUUCUUACUUUGGAAUAUGAUAGAGAUAGUUCAACGGUAGCUGUGUUUAUGGAUGACAAAGUGGAACUUCUUAACGUAACCUAUGAUAGAACAGCAAGACCAGUCAAGUGGAGUCCUAGAAGCGGCAUUUUCGCCGAAGUAGAACUUGAUUACGACAGGUUCAAUAGACUUACCAGUUGGCGUUGGGGAGAUCUCAAUGAAACCUAUGGAUACGACAGAGCCGGUAGACUGCACGAAAUACGCUAUGGCGAUGGUUCAUCACUGGCUUAUUCGUUUAGAGACAUGUUCACAAGCCUACCACUGAAAGUGACCACCCCAAGGGGAAGUGACUAUCUUUUGGAUUACGAUGAUUCUGGUGCCCUACAGAAUUUAACAACACCAAGAGGUCACAUCCAUACAUUUGCAUUAAUGACUUCAUUAGGUUUCUUCAAAUAUCAAUACUUCUCACCAAUGAAUCGACACCCAUAUGAAAUCCUAUACAACGACGACGGUCACAUCUUGGCUAAGAUUUUCCCACACCAAUCAGGCAAGAUCCUUUACGUGUACGAUAACACUGGUAAACUGGAGACUAUACUAGCUGGGGCCUCUGCCAUUCGUUAUGUGUACCACGAAAAUACUCAUCUUGUUAAGAACGUCGAGAUCACUGACCCCGACUAUGAACUCAAACAAGAUUAUAAAUAUCACGCUGGUAUACUCAAAGACGAAAAAAUGAAAUUCAACUCGAAAAGCGGCCUGAACAACGCACAUUUUAAGUACCAAUACGACGGAAACGCGCGACUCUCUAUGAUUGACGCUAAUAUCAACAGUAAAGAAAUGCCACAGCUAAAACUGAAAUACAACCAGAACCUAGGCAUGUUGGAAGCCGUCAGUGAUCUUAGAAUAUACAGGAACACUUUCAAUCGCUCCGUUAUGCAGGACACAAGCAAGCAGUACUUCACGAUCACAGACUAUGAUGACCACGGUAGAAUCAAAACCGUCCUAAUGAACAUCAAAUCCUUCGACGUCUUCCGUUUAGAACUAGAAUAUGACGUAAGGAACCGCAUUAAAAUGAAAAAGAUGAUGAUUGGCGACACGUCAUCAAGCGAACGAAUCAGUUACAACUACGACGGGCACCUCAUGGAGGUGGUCGGCUCCGAAGACGACUGGAAAUACGUGUAUGAUGAAAAUGGCAACGUGAUCGGUGUAAUUGAACGCGGAGAGAAACGAUACUUAGGCUACGACAUUGGUGACAGAGUUGUUCAGUACGGAGACUUAGAAUUCAGCAGCUACGACGGACGAGGUUUUGUUAUAAGACGCGGUGAACAAAAGUACAGAUACAACUCGCGCGGUCAAUUCGUCCAUGCAUUCGAAAGAGACAAGUUCCAAAUGUGGUACUACUAUGAUGAUAGGAACCGGUUGGUAGCUUGGAAGGAUGAUAAGAACAACAUUACGCAAUUCUUCUACGCCAAUCCGCAAACUCCUAACUUGAUUACGCACAUGCAUCUCCCUAAAUCUGAAAAGACUGUCAGGUUCCUUUACGAUCAACGAGAUUUCCUUACUUGUAUAGAAACUGAAGACCAAAGAUUCUACGUCGCUACUGAUCACAAUGGAUCACCACUCGUUGUAUUCGACGUGAAUGGAGAAAUAGUGAAGGAGGUCAAACGUAGUCCAUUCGGUAAAAUAGUCAAAGACACUAAUCCAGGAUUCUACGUGCCCGUGGACUUCCAUGGUGGUACACUCGACUAUAAUACCAAUUUGGUGUACUUGGAGAGUCGACUAUACGAUCCAGUGGUGGGACAAUGGAUGACGCCAAGCUGGGAACACCUCGCAACAAAGCUGAGUUUACCGACCGAUAUCUUUAUUUACCGUUUUAAGAACAACGACCCGAUAAAUAAGAACCAGAACGUUCCCUUUAUGACUAACUUGGCUAGUUGGUUACAACUCUUUGGAUACGAUCUGAGUAAGAUAAUGGGAUCCAAAUACAUCACUGAUAUGGUCUUCCAACCUAUGACAUCUGUAACUGCUCCUCAAUUAGCGCCUGACUUCGGUGUGAUGUCUGGACUUCAAUGCAUUAUCGAAAAGGUGAAUGACAAACUAUCAGACAUAGACUUCGUGCCUACACCGCUGCUUAAAAUGGAGCCUAUUACAAGAAACCUACUACCGAGAGUGUCUUACAAGCGGGGCGUUUUCGGCGAAGGAGUACUGAUAUCUAGGGUCGACGGUAAAGCUUACAUAAGCGUCGCCGAUGGAGCAAACAGCGUCGUCGAAGAUGUCAUAACAACAGUCUUCAAUAACUCUUACUUCCUCGAUGUACACUUCAGCAUUCAUGAUCAGGACGUGUUCUACUUCGUAAAGGAUAACUCUUUGAAGAUCAGAGACGAUAUGGAGGAGCUGCGGAGGCUUUCUGGAAAGUUUAAUGUUUCUCAAGAUGAGACUAACGACCAAGGAGCGGAGGUGCGGGUGCACGCCGUGGGCAGCGGGUCAGCGCAGGCGGCGAUCGUGCUGCGCUACGGCGUGGACCCCGCGGCGGAGCGCAGCAAGCUGCUGAAGCACGCGCACAAGCGCGCGGCGGCGCGCGCUUGGGAGCGCGAGAAGGCGCUGGUGGCGGCCGGCUGGGAGGGCCGCGCCGCCUGGACAGAGGAGGAGAAGGAGGAGCUCAUCUCACACGGCGUGGUGGACGGCUGGGCCGCGCGCGACGUGCACUCACUGGCGCGCUUCCCGCAGCUGGCGGACGACCCCGCCAACAUCGUGUUCGUGCGCGACGGCCGCCGCAAGCGCAGGAAGAGCGGGCGCGCGCGCCAUCGCUCGUGA